UGUCCUGGCUUCUGUCUGUCCUGCCACGUGUUUCCCCUGGUUCCUGCCUGAUCCCUGUGCUGCUGACAGUCCCUGUGGGUGAUACACAGGUGGGGAGGUGGGGAGCAUCCGUGAUGCUGGGGCUGGCAUCUCACUGCUCACUCACAGAGGGCACUGCUGAGCCGGCAAGGGUGUCUGGAGGCACCCGAAAUGAGGAAGAAGGUAAAAUAAUGCUGGCCUCAAAAAACCACCGAAGGUGUGCCGUCAGCAUCUCCAGCCAGCUCCCAGUGUGGUGGCACAGAGGACGGGGCUCUUCCCAGCUGCAGGGAGCCUGGGAGUGGGACAGCCCCAGCAAUGCUUCCAGAGAAGGCUCCGUGAGGCUGAGGGGCUGCUGAGCUGCUGGUAGUGUCUGGUGGAACACGGUGAGCUCAGCCAGUGCUGCUGUGGUGGCUCCAGGCAGUUCCUGGUGCCGUGGGGCUGGAUGAGCAGCUGCGAGGACCAAGGUAGGGGGGACCUGGAGGCUCUGGGGUGAUGUGGCCGCGGGGGAAGCAGAGGAGAAGGCCGUUUGGUUGCUGCCGGGGUGGCUGCCAAACUGCUUUUUGAGAGACCACAAACAGGAGGGCUUGUUGGUACCCCAGGGUACCCCAGGUACCCCAGGGAGCCAACUUGCUGCUCUGCACUUCUAGGAGUCUGGGAAGAGUCCUAGGAACCCUUUUCCUUUCAGGGAAAAUCUCCUGCCUGCUUUGCCUGGCUGGUGGCAGAGCCAGGAGGGCUUGUGCUGGUGUCAGGAUGGGAAGAUGCCCUAAACCCACAGCCUGCACUUGCCUCUGGCAUCCCAGAGGUUUCACCUCAGAACUUGGAGCCCAUGGUUUGCAGGUGCCUCUCUCUGCUUGUUUCCAGUUCUGAAUGCUUGCAAAGGAACAGAAAACCUGAGGAAAGCAGGUUAUACAGACCUGCCAAGGCAGCUGCAUUAGUAAUGUUAAUGCAGAGACUAUAAAACAGGAAGAGCAAGAGGCAACAGAAGCAGUGAACCAGCCUUAGGGGUGUCCAGUCCAGACAGGGAUGUGGUCACACCUGUCCACCUCAGGAGGUGGCUCUGGGUCACCCUCUUUGCUACAGGAAGCAAUCCCACGACCAGGAGGUCAGUGUUGGCCUCACAUCCCUUGCACCUCUCUUGCCCAGAGAGAAGGUUACCUCCACAGCCAGCAGGAGCAGGGAAAAGGUUCCCUGGUAGCCAAGCGGUGGGUCAAAGCUGAGGUAAGGAGCUGCUGGCCAGGGUUUGGAGGGAGAAAGGAAGGAAGAUGUGUGGAGGUGAAACUGUGAUACUGGCUCAGAGUCCCUCUGAGCUGUGCAGGGUUGUGGCCCCGGGUCACACAGCCCCUGGUCCCUUCUCAGGACACCCCAGAUGUGGAGCACCCCGACCUGUGCCAGUCUGAGUUGGGGCCAGGCUUGUCCUGGUGACACAGUGACACCUCUCUGCCUGUAAGGCAGGGAGACCCAGCUGGAGGUGGGUGCAGAGGAAAGUCUCAGCGGUACGUGGCAGCUCUCUGCUGUCUCCAUGGGCCACCCCAUCCCCGAGGGCACCUGCCCCGCUGUCGCCUCCCCGCUCCUGGGGGCAACAGGGAGUCCCAAUGUCACGGCUGGACACAGCCUCCCUGUGCAGGGGUGCCUGCCUGCAGCGGCUGCCACUGGCAACAGCUUUGUGGGAAAACAAAAAUACUUCCUCUCCUCCCAGGUCCCCGCUGUCAUUCGUGUUUGCGGUGGCAGAACCGGUCCGGCAGGCGGGUCCCAGGACGGCAGCGCAGGGCUGCGGCAGGUGGCCGGGGCACGGCGGGAUGAGCCCUGCCUUCAGCCUGCUCCUCGCCCUGGCCGGCUGCACUCUGCUCCGGGGAAAGCUGUUGCCUCCGCGGGACGUGAGGCUGGAGGCACAAAAUUUCCACGUCCACCUGAGGUGGGAGCCUGGCCCUGAUGCACCAAGUGGUGCCAUGUACCAGGUGGAGUGGAGGAGAAGAAACUCUCGCUGGAUCAAGGCACAUGCCUGCUGGGGGAACAGCACCAGCUCCUCCUGGGCUUGUGAGCUGCAUUUUGUCAACAUCUAUGAUAUCUACUGGGCAAGGGUGAGAGCAGUGGCCAGAGGCAAGCUGUCCAAGUGGGCCAGUUCCAGCGAGCUGCAGCCCUACAGAGAUACAGUCGUGGGCCCUCCUACAUUGUCCUGGCUGCUCCAGGGCCAAAUCCUCAGUGUAAAUAUCAUCACCCCACUCACUCCAUACCGAAGCAGAGCUGGCACUUACAGGAGAGUUGACCGAGUGCUGCGGAAGCUGUGGUACCGGCUGCACCUGCACGAAGGGGAGGUGCUGGUCCAGGAGGUGUCCUGCAAGUGGAGUGGGGAGGGGGCACAGUGUACUGUGGGGCCCUUGAAGACCAGCACCCACUACUGCAUCCGGACAGUGGCUGUGGACAUGGCCAGGCAGAGCCGGGAGGCUGAGCAGUGCAUGGUGACUCCACCAGACCCCACAAGCUUUCCCUGGUUCAUCGUCCUGCUGAGUGUCAUCUUCCCACUGCUGAUCCUGGCUGGGCUCUGCUUCAUCCAGCUGCAAGUCUUCCCCAGCUCCUCGGAGACACACCUCCCAAAAACACUUGCUCUCCUGAACCAGGAGCUGAGUGUCACCAGGGAGGUGCCCACCCUUGAGCUCCAGGAAGACUCACUGUCCCUGUUCCUGCCAUCCAUGUCCACAUCCUGCAGGCCACCUGUAGCUGAGGAGCCAGCACCAACAGUCCAGCUGCUUCUCGGAGGAAGCCUUCACCAGGAUGCAAGUGGCUACUGUGCCAAUGGGUUUGGGCCAGGCUGUCACAAGGGAAGUAACCCCUCCUGUACCCACAGCCAGGCAGGCCAUGCCUUAGGUUCCCAGCUCCCAUUGCAGCUGGAGAAGAAUGGGGAGGCAGAUGGGGAUGAUGUGCUGGAGCAGCCAGCGGGAUCGGGCAAAGACAGCUGCACAGGUGACAGGGACUAUAGGACAUCCCAGGUGGGGCACCCCCAACUUUAUUUGAAGUGCCAGUGCCCAGCUCUGGGAGCAGACAUCUGCCUUCCUCUGCCUGCACCAGGCAGGAGCUUCAUCCAGGAGGGCACACAGGAAGCCCUUGGCCUGGCAGGGCACUGCGUCCUGCUCAGCUCCGUGAAGCUGCACGGCAGCAACGAAGAGGAUGGAGGGCAGAUUGUCCAUGCCCUUCAGCCCUUGCACAGCCAUGGGACAGAGCCACAGCCGUGUGACAGCUCCAUGCAGCCAGGUGACAGCACCAUGCUGCUGGGCCACCUGGAGCGAGCACCACUGAGCAUCCCCAGCCCCUGCCAGCUGCCCCUCAGCACCCUGCGGGCAGCUGCCUUCUCGGGCUAUGAGCUGUGUCCAUGGGCUGACAGGGAGCCAUAGCAGGCAUGGGCACACUGGGAGCUGCUGCAGGUAUCACAGCAGCAGGCAGAGCUGGAGGGGCUGCCCAGAGCUCCCAGCCACGCUGGCUGCUGCUCUGAGCUGCCUGUGCCUCACUGGGGACGGGGCUGGGGCAGGGCCUGGGCUGGCAAGCACACUCCAGGCAUGGCUGCCACAGGUGGCUGAGAUCAGCAUCUUCAGAGCCUCCCUCUGCAGGUUUGGUGCUCUUGAACCAAAGCUAAAGCCCCUAGAGUUGUAUCUAUUUAUGCACCUGUAUGUGUGUAUAUAGAAUCACAGACUGGUUUGGGUUGGAAGGGACCUUAAACACCAUCUCCCACAAGACCCUACCCAACCUGGCCUUGAGCACUUCCAGAGAAGGGUGAUAUGCGUGAGUGCAGCAUAUAUUCUAAGGACAAUUUAUGUAUAUGCUUUCACAUUUAUAUGUACAUAUGUAAAUCUCUUUAAUGAACGAGGAGGGGAGGGGGGAGUUAUGUUUGGGUUUUUUCACUUGUCUGGAAAUACUGAUUGUGCACUGGAGCUGGUUUCGAAAUAACACUAAUUUAUUAU